AUGAAAAUCAAAUCGAAGACAAGAUUGCUCUUUGCUUUAAAGGUUUGGAAUGUACGGCAAGCAGAUGCUUCUGCAGUGCUUGUUGCGGAUGAUAUUGAAGAAGCAUUAAUAACCAUGGACAAUCCUGAAGAGGACAGUUCAUCUGCCAAAUACAUUGAAAAUAUAACAUUUCCAUCUGCCCUUAUCGAGAAAACUUUUGGUGAAACUAACCCUGAUGAUCGUGACGAGUACGAGUUAUGGACCAACAGCAAUGAUGAAUGCGGAGUUAAAUGUGAUAUGCUGAUGGCAUUUGUGAAGGAUUUCAAGGGUGCUGCUCAGAUUCUCGAAAAAGCUGGCUAUACGCAGUUCACACCCCAUUAUAUAACUUGGUACUGCCCUCAAGCUUUCACCCUAAGCCGACAGUGCAAAUCUCAAUGCAUCAACCGCGGAAGAUACUGUGCACCGGAUCCUGAACAAGGUUUUAGCUCAGGUUAUGAAGGGAAAGAUGUAGUUAUUGAGACCUUAAGGCAGCUUUGCGUUUUCAAAGCGGCAAAUGAGACCAAUAGGCCUUGGGUGUGGUGGGACUAUGUGGCUGAUUUUCAAAUAAGACGGCCCAUAAAGGAGAAAAAAUAUAACAAGGAAUGUGCAGAUGGUAUUAUCAAAUCUCUUGGGCUUGAUGCUAAAAAGAUUGGAAAGUGUAUGGGAGAUCCAGAUGCUGAUACGGAGAAUCCUGUUCUGAAAGAAGAACAAGAUGCUCAAGCGGGGAAAGGAUCUAGAGGAGAUGUUACCAUAUUGCCUGCACUUGUUGUCAACAAUCGCCAAUAUCGAGGAAAGCUGGCCAAGGGUGCUGUUUUGAAGGCCAUAUGUAACGGCUUCAAGGAGACUACGGAACCAGCUGUUUGUUUGAGUGGUGAUGUGGAGACGAAUGAAUGCUUGGAAAAUAAUGGUGGUUGUUGGCAAGAUAAAGCAGCAAAUCUCACAGCCUGCAGGGAUACAUUUCGAGGAAGAGUUUGUGAAUGUCUCUUGGUUGAUGGCGUGCAAUUCAAAGGAGAUGGAUACAGUCACUAUGAAGGGCAGUUUGGCAUGACAAUCAAAGUCUAUAUAAAACCUACAUCAAACAAUGCAAAGCAAUCGUCAACAAAUCAAAUCAAAUAUAUACAUAAUGGGGGAGAAAUCAUGGGUGUUGAUGUUCUGUUUGCUGUUGUUAAUCCUUGUUAGUCCCUCACGUCAAGUUGUUACAGCACUCGCCCCGGUUGGAUUUGGGUAUGCGUUUUGCGUAACUACUUGCAUCGCCAACAGAACUUCUCUUGGGGAUUGUAUUCAACGUUGCCUGCUGUCAGAAGCACUAGUGGAGACUCUGGAGGAAACCCACC